UGCGGCGCGUGCGCGAGCGGUGCAGCACCGGCCGCGGGAGCAGGGAGUAUUAUGGGCUGUGGGUGCCUCUGAGCAAGAUGGAGCUGUCUGCAGUGGGUGAGCGGGUCUUCGCGGCCGAAUCCAUCAUCAAGCGGCGGAUCCGAAAGGGGCGCAUCGAGUACCUGGUGAAAUGGAAGGGGUGGGCGAUCAAGUACAGCACUUGGGAGCCGGAGGAAAACAUCCUGGACUCGCGGCUCAUCGCAGCCUUCGAGCAGAAAGAGAGGGAGCGUGAGCUGUAUGGGCCUAAGAAGAGGGGACCCAAGCCCAAAACUUUCCUCCUGAAGGCCCGGGCCCAGGCGGAGGCCCUCCGCAUCAGCGAUGUUCACUUCUCUGUCAAGCCGAGCGCCAGUGCUUCCUCCCCCAAGCUGCACUCCAGCGCAGCCGUGCAUCGGCUCAAGAAAGACAUCCGCCGCUGCCACCGCAUGUCCCGCCGCCCGCUGCCCCGCCCGGACCCCCAGGGGGGCAGCCCCGGCCUGCGCCCCCCUAUCUCACCCUUCUCCGAGACGGUGCGCAUCAUCAAUCGCAAGGUAAAGCCUCGGGAGCCCAAGCGGAACCGCAUCAUCCUGAACCUGAAGGUGAUCGACAAGGCCGCAGGCGGAGGGGCUGCGGGGCAGGGGGCCGGGGCCCUCGCCCGCCCCAAAGUCCCCUCACGGAACCGUGUCAUCGGCAAGAGCAAGAAGUUCAGCGACAGCAUCCUGCGCACCCAGAUCCGCCACAUGAAGUUCGGGGCCUUUGCGCUCUACAACAAGCCCCCACCCACCCCCCUGUUGCCCCCACCUGCCAGCAAGGCCGACACUGCUGUCCCCCAGGGCCCCGGGCUGCUCCUGGCCGCUCCCACCGCCCCCUACGAUGCCCGCAGCUCCAGCUCCUCCGGCUGCCCCUCACCAGCACCGCAGUCAUCCUCCGACCCCGAUGACGUGCCCCCCAAGCUGCUCCCCGAGACCCUGAGCCCAUCAGCCCCCGACUGGCGUGAGUCGGAGGUGCUUGACCUGUCCCUCCCAGCAGAGUCGGCAGCCACCAGCAAGCGGGCUCCCCCUGAUGUCACUGCUGCCCCCAGCCAGGCGCUCCCCCCAGCCCCUGUGCCGGUGGUUGCCUCUUCCGAGCCUGAGGCCGGGGACUGGCGCCCCGAGAUGUCCCCCUGCUCCAACGUGGUUGUCACCGAUGUCACCAGCAAUCUCCUGACGGUCACCAUCAAGGAAUUCUGCAACCCUGAGGAUUUCGAGAAGGUGGCGGCUGGGGUGGCAGGUGCCACCGGGGGAGGUGGUGGCAGUGGGGCCAGCAAGUGAGGGGGCUCCACCAAGGAGACGGCUUUGGGGGGGGCCUCCUGCCCAGAGUCAUCCUCUUGUUGCACCCCCACCCUCACCCUCACCUGCCUGUGCUUUGCUUGUUCAAAUGGCUCAGUGUUGACCCUGGGAUGGGACUGGGCAGUUGGAGCCCUGAAGCCCAGUGGGUGGGGGAGGUUGUGGGAGAGGUUAGGGCCAGGACAGGCUGAGAGCGCUGAGAAGUGCUCCUUCCCGGCACCCUCUCUGUCUCACACACAGUGGAUCCCGCUGGGUGGUUUCUGGGGAGCCCCAGAACCUAGGGUCCACCUGCUCCUCCACAUCCCACUCAGUUCCCCCAGCUUGCUUCCUGCUCUCAUGUACAGCGCCCGAUUCCUCGGUGCUACCUGGCAGCUGUGGGGGCCGUUUGGAGACCCCCCACCUAGGGCGGGCACGUUCCUUUCCCUCUCUAGAUGCCCGGGCAGAGGAGCAAAGAUGUGUUCCUAUCUUUUGGGCAAGGCCCAGGACAGAGGUCAGGGAUGAGGCCAGGCUCAGCCGCUGCCUUCCCACCAGAAGCGAGGUCAGAGGCAUGGGUCUUCCCUGCUGACCCUGGGAUGAGGCCCAAGCAGUCCCCCUGAUGCCCACUCUCCAGCAUCCUAACCCCCAUCUUGAAGGCGGGAGGCUGUAGCAGGGAGCUCACCCUGCCACAGCUUCCCGGCGUCUAAAGACCCCUUCAGUUCUCGACCAAAGGUGCUAUAAGAGCCUGCUGCGGUAGCUGCGGUUGUGCGUGUUUGUCCGCCACCCCUUGGCGUGUUUGUGCGUGUAUCCGUAUGUGCAUUGGGCGUUAGGCCCCAGGUUUCCAGUUGGCACCCUUACAGUUCUUGAGAACGAAUAGGGUCAUUGAAGGCCAGAACCUUCCCUCGCAGUCAGCUCGGGUCUUAGGAGAUGGUGGCAGAAGCCACCCGGCCUGCCUUCCCAGCCCAGUGUGAUGAGGGCAUAUGCCUUCUGCCUUAGGGGUGGUCAGCCUGACCAGUCAGGCCUUCACUGCAGACAUGGCAUGUUGCGGACUGAGGUGGAGAGGGGGACCCCCACUCCAAGCUUCACCUUCUUCCUGGGGGUUUGGGGAGGAAGGGGGAAGCUUGGCAACCUUCCCCGGGGGUCUCCCCAGCUCCUCUCAACCCCCUCUGUUUUGCUUCUGACGCUGAGGCUUUCUCGCAGCCCAGCCUGCUCGAAGCAGCCAGAGGCCUCUGAGGCCCUGGGCAGCCUCUGUUUUCCGUGUGCUGCCAGGGAGUGAGGCGUCUAUGCCAGUGGCAGAGACCAAAGCCCCAAUUUGAGGCCAGGCGUUGGGAGAAUAGGCAGGCCAAAGGGGCAGGGCCGCAAUGAGGGGCUGUGCUCCAGGAGAGUGAGGGUAUUUGGUCUCAGGAGCAGGGCCAGGGGCCUGGCAGCCUGGCCUGACCACUACCAGGGUCUCAGUUUGACCUGGGUGUCAUGACCCUGUCGUGGCUCCAGAUAGCUCCCCCGUGUGUGCAACAGUUGGUACUUCCGAUUUGGUAGCAGGUAGCCGAAGGCAGGAAGGAGGCAGAAAGGGAAUCCAGUCAGCCAACGGAUGCCCUUUGUCCCUAAGCGUGGGAGAACACUCUCUCCUGAAUCUCCCUGCCAGGGACUUCGGCACAGCCUGUCCUACCCCCACCCCUAACCCCACCCCCAGGUUGUUGAACAGCGGCCCUCACAGGAGGGGACCAGCACACCUGGACCCUGCCCUGCCCCUUGUGUUGGCUCUGUGGCCCUCCAAGUGCCAAUUGGCUUUUCCCCCAAAUAAGGGCUGGUAUUUCUCCUCCGUCCUUGGAGGUGAUUUCCCCCCUGAUCCCCCCUCCCCCAGGCGAGUGACCACCUGGGUACCAAUUACAGGUGUUUUCCAGAGACCAUAGAAAUGUGUUUUCCUGAGGGUCUGUGUCAUUUGUGACUUUUUUUGUAAAGAAGUUGUGUUUUCAGAGGUGAUUUUAUGACAGGAAAGUGAAAGAAUUAGUUUUGCAAAAAAAAAGAAAAAAAUAGAAAAAAAGAAAUAGAAAAAAUAUUGUGGGAUUCCUAUGGGGUGGGGGGUGGGGAGAAAGAUAUUUAAAGAAAAAAUAGUAACGCAGUGAUUGCACAGGUGAGGUGGCAAUGUGAGGGAAGGGGGUAGAGGGCUAGACUUGGCUGGCGGGUCCCCCAGAGGCGCUAUGGGGACAGCCCCAUGGCCAGCCACCCUCCUUCCCUGGCCCAAGGCUGGGGGAGCCCUCCCUGCUGUCCUGGGCCCAGACUUUCUCUACUCCGCAUCCUUCCUGCUCAAAGGGAACUAGCCAGAAGCUGCAAGGGUAAGUGGAAGCUGAGGAGAACUGAGCUUUGGGACAGGAUGGGGUGGGGGCCAGCAGGGGGCCAUUGCCAGGACCCACUGUUGGUAAUUUGUUCCAGGUGGCUAGGUACGCUUCAGUUUCUUGCUCCCCUACAUUGGUUUUCCAGCCUGUUGGGCCAUCUGGUCCUACCACUCCCACCCAUGGGGGGUAUCACCCCAAAGACCAGGACACCCCUGAGCUUCCCUGGCCAGGGAGGGGAUGCAGGCUUCAGAAAGAAAGAAGCUGUGGAUCCUGGGAGAACCGGGUGUGGCUCUAAGGAUUGGGGUCACUGUGGGGAGAAGUCCCUUCUUUCUUGGGCUUUCUAUGGGCGCAUUGCUGCCCAGACCCUCAAGCCGGGCCACCCCACCUCAAGUGCGUGCAGAGGCACCCAUGCACACUGCCUGGGGGCGGAGGGCAAGACCUAUUGGAGCCCUCUUUACCUCUCUUCCAGGGUGGCUCUGAGCUCGGGCCCCCAAGUUCCAGCCCCCUACUUGCACGGACCAGCCAUCCAUGGGCCCUUCCCCACCCCAUGCUGCUUUUCCAUUUUCCUAAUUACCCAGCAGGAGUUGCAGUCCGGUUUGCUUUAUUUUUGUAUGUGAAAUGCCCCCCAGAGCCCAUCUCCUACAUUCGAUAUUGGUUGGGGUCUCUGUCAUCUCCCCUUCGAUGCCACUCCCUCCCGUGUCAUAGGAAGCAGGUGAGGCCUGGUUUGAGACUGAAAGUUGGCACCCAGUCCUGUCCCGUUUUCCUUCUGAUCCUUAGUUUGCCCUUCUGUGAAAUGGCUGUAUUGGGCAGCAGCAGCUCUUCCUAAAGCGCUCCUGGUGUGGAGCAGCAGUGAUGGUCGAGAUUGUGGUGCUGGGGCCUCCAGCCUCCCACAGCCCUUCUCUACUUUUCCCCCUGCAAAGGGGUCAAGGUCAAAAUGAGCCUCAUAUGACCCUAUUCUGCCCUGGGUAGAGGCAAUGAUCAGUCCCCAGCCUCAUUGUGAGGUGGGCAGAGUGGGUGGGGUCGCCCCAUCAAAGAUGAGGAAACAGGCCUAGAGGCAGGGCCUGGAGUGCAAGCUGCUCCGGCGUUUUAGGGAAGGCCCCCCUUGAGAAGGUGGGGCCAGGCCUCGAAGUCACUGCCAGGCAGUCUGUCGGGUGGACCCCUGAGCCGGCCAGCCUUGAAAGACGCUAGACCCCUGAGGGUGCACGCGGCUGGAGGGUCAGCACAGAGGAGGACACUGCCUGUGAGGGAGAUCUGCAGGGACCCAAGGGCACCCCCCUACCCCACCUUUCUGGGGUUUUUUAGUUUGGUUUUUUUAUGUUUUUGCACUUCCCCCACGCUGGCCAGUGGAGCCCGCCUGGGCAGGCCCACACCCCGGCCCCCUGCACUAGCCCAGGCAGCUUCUUUGGGGUUCAUAUGAUUUGAGGAAUCACUUUUGUAAAGAAGAAAGGAAGGUUUUUAAAGGUUUUGUUUUCUGUCUGCAUCUGUUGGAUUCAGAGAGCCCAGAAUGAGGGGCUAAAACCCGAGGAGAGGGGCUCCCCAGUGCUGUCUCACAGGGCAUCAGCUAGGCAAAGGGGGGUGAUGGCCUAAUGGGAAAUCGUUGGCAAGGGGCAGAGGGCAGAAGGAACAAAGUUUCAGGGCUGCCCUUGGUGUCGGGACGUAGUGCAGAUGGAGACGUCUUUUUGUUGGUUUUAAUUUAAAAACACAAAGGCCUAAAGAAAUAUGUAUCUUAUAAUUUUUUUAAUUUUUGAAAAGCUCAUUUAAUGACUCGUGCACGAAUGAAUUCUAUAUAUAUAGUAUACAUAUAUAGCUAUAUUUGGGGAGGGGCGCUGUCUCUUUUCUCGCUCUCAUUUUUAAAAUUAAAGUGUCGUUGCCUUUGUCUGUGGUUCAACCAUCCAGCUCCCAGCUGGCUAAACUUUGCCUCCAGUGAUUCAAGAUAGGAAAGUAGCUGGGGUUGGCAGGAGGUGAGGGACUGUGGCGUGGGUCCCCCACGGCCCUCCUGCCCCUCCCCAGUGGAGAUUGCGGGUGCAGAAGACAGGGUGGGGUUUUGGUUCUGGUCUGGACUCAGUCUUUUCUGGGCUGGGGGAGGGCGGGUUGGUGCCGAUUACUCUUGUCUUGUAUGUUUCGUUCUGCUGCUCUUCAAUAUUGUAUCAAUGCCAGGAAGUAGGGGGUAAAGAAUCUCUUUUGCCCCCCAAAUAAAUUGUCACAUUCCGAAGCGAAGGCCCAGCCCUUGGGACGGGAGUGUGUGUGUGUGGUUUCUUCCACCUGAACUGUGGUCAUUACACAGCAUUGGGCCUUACCUGCUCCAGGUGAGGACAGAAAGGCCCUGCCCCAGGGGAAGCACCACCAUGUCCCGCAGCUGGCCAGUAUCCCACAUGUCCAGUCCGUUUCCCGGCUCCUGGCCUCUCACAUUCCUCCACCUCACGACUUUCCAGCCAGCCGAGGUAGGCCAUGGGCACCAAGGUGGCGAGUAGCCUGUGUUUGUGGAGAACUGAGAUGCCUGCCUUAAGGAUAACUAGUAGGCAGGCACCUGGGGGGAGCGGGGGUCAUACCACUGUGGGCCUUCCUGUUGGAAUCAUAGUACCCAGAGAGGGAGGGUCCUGUGGCAGAAUAAACCUCAGGUGGGGAGGCGGGCUUUAGAUUUCCAGAGUGGGAGAGCAGGCCUGGGGGGCGGGGUGGGACAUGGCUGCUGUUGCCCUUGGUUCCCACAGUUUUGACACAACGUGGCCUUUUUGACAAUGAGCUGUCCCGUGGUUCCUCACACAGGUGCUGGGCUGGGCGCUUGUGCCUUCUUUGAGUAGACCACCAGCCUCCUCCCCACAGAGCAGGGCAGCCCUAGGCAAACUCCAUCCCUUCCUCCCAAGCCUGCACAGGGCCUGUGAGCUCCAUCUCAGGACAAGCUGCCACCCUUGGCCACCCAUUUGCCAGGGCUUAAGCUUAGCCGUUGCCCUUGACUUUUUCCUCACCAAACCGAACCCAUUGCCACUGAGUCCAUCCCGACUCAUAGCAACCCUAUAGGACACAGUAGAACUGCCCCAUAGGCUUUCCACAUCUUUACAGAUUUACAGACGACGCACUGCACUGGGCAAGUCAGCCGCAGAAGGUCUCUUUUAAGUGUUAAAAACCAAAGAUGUCACUUUGAGGACUAAGGUGCCCCUGACUCUAGCCAGGGUUUUGUUUGUUUGUUUGCUUGUUUUUAGACAAACCUUCCAUCCCUCCGUGAAUUUGGUUUGCCAACUUUUUAAUGUAGUAUACUUUCAUAUAUAUUUGAAUACAUUUUGAACUUUUCAGUUUAUUUCUGCACACGAUACACCCUGCUUUAAUUAUUACGAUUUUUUAACAUAUUUAAAUGCCAGUGAUAUUAGCCUCUGCCAUCAUUCCUCCCCAGUUACUCAUGUUUUUUCAAGUCUUUCCUGGGUAUUCUUCCAAACAAACUUUAGAGUAGUGUCUUUAGAAUUGCAACUGAUGUUAAAUUACAAAUAAUUGUGGGAGAAAUAAAUGUGACAUAUUAAGCUUUUCUAUCAAGGAAUAGAGUUUUUUGUUUUUUUCUUUUUGUACUUUAGAGGAGGAUUUACAGAACAAACUAGCUUCUCAUUAAAUGAUUACUACAUAUAUUGUUUUGUGACAUUGGCUACCAACCCUAUGACAUGUCAGCACUCUCCCUUCUCAACCCCGCGUUCUGUAUCACCAUCUUUCCUGUCCCCUCCUGCCUUCUAGACCUUGCCACUGGGCUGAUGUGCCCAUUUAGUCUUGUUUUGUUUUAUGGGCCUGUCCAGUCUUUGAAGGGUGACCCUCAGAAGUGACUUCAUUAUUGAGCUAAAAGGAUGUCCGGGGGCCAUACUCUCAAGGUUUCUCCAGUAAGUCUGGUCUUUUUUUGUGAGUUAGAAUUUUGUUCUACAUUUUUCUCCAGCUCCGUCCAGGAUCCUCUAUUGUGAUCCCUGUCAGAGCAGUUGAUGGCAGCCCGGCACCAUCUAGAUGUGCUGGACUCAGUCUGGUGGAAGCUGUGGUAGUUGUGGUCCAUUAGUCCUUUGGACUAACCUUUCCCUUCAAGCCAGGGCAUUUUCAGUCAUCUCAUAUGCAACACAAACUCGGACAAUGAAUAAGGAAGACCGAAGAUUUGAUGCCUUUGAAUUAUGAUGUUGGCGAAGAAUGUUGAAUAUAACAUGGACUGCCAAAAGAAUCAACAAAUCUGUCUUGGAGUACAGCCAGAAUGCUCCUUAGAAGUGAGGAUGGUGAGACUUUGUCUCUCGUACUUUGGACGUGUUAUCAGGAGGGACCAGUUCCUGGAGAAGGACAUCAUGCUUGGUAAAGUGGAGGAUCAGGAAAAAAGAGGAAGACCUUCAAUGAGAUGGAUUGACACAGUGGCUGCAACAAUGGGCUUAAACGUAGCAACGAUUGUGGGGGUGGUACAGGACCAGGCGAUGUUUCGUUCUUUUGUACAUGAGGUUGCUAUGAAUUGAAACCUACUCAACAGCACCUAAUAACAGCCUCUACAGAAGCAGACUGCCACAUCCUUCUCCCUCGGAGCGGCUGGUGGGUUUGAACCACUGACCUUUAGGUCAGCAGCCGAGAGCUUAACUGCUGUGCCACGAGGGCUCCUUGCUUCCUCACCACCCGCCCCCCUUCAAAUGCUGAAUUGCUGGUACUAAGAGCAUCUUUCUCAAAUGUCUCCCCACCCUGUGUCUCCUGCCUGUCUCCCCCAGAGGUGACCCCACCUAGGCCUUCACUGUUGCCCCUUUGGCAAAAGCCGCCCUGGUCUCUCAGCCUCCGAUCUUAACUGCACUCAGCCCCACACAUCUUCCCCAGCAGGGCCAUGGACAUUUGGAAGACCCUCAGGGUCACCUCCCCAAUUCCUCAGCCAAAGCCCUGCCUGCGGGAGGCAUCUUCCCCCAGCCCCAUCUGCCCCUUACUGCCUGCAGUGCUCUCCCCUCCCACCUGGGGGUGCUGACCUGCCUUCCCCAGUGCCCUGGCUCCUCCCUCGGACUGACCUGUGGUCUUGUGCAUCUCACUCCCAAACAGCAGGGCCAUGUCUUCAGCACCUCUGUGCCCCAGUUCACAGCUUGGCUCCUGGCACAUUGUAGGCCUUUGAUU